AUGCUGACCAGUCUAGAAUCCACCGCUGGAGAUGGUCGCAUCCGUUUACAUGAACUCCUGGACCGCUUCAGGCCGGACCUGAAGCCUUUCGAGGAGGUAUAUCGUCACCUGCACAACCACCCCGAGCUCUCUAGGCAGGAGGAACAAACGGCCAAGACGGCGGCCGAGCAUCUCACAAGAGUCGGGUAUGACGUGCAGACGAAUAUCGGCGGAUACGGUGUAGUCGGCGUCCUGCGCAAUGGCGACGGGCCGACAAUCCUGCUCCGGGCAGAUAUGGACGCGCUGCCGGUGAAAGAGCAGACAGGGCUACCAUACGCCAGCACAAAACAUGCUAAAGACGUCGAAGGGAAACUCAAGCCGGUGAUGCACGCGUGCGGACACGACUCGCACGUCGCGACGAUGAUGGCGGCGGCAGAGCUGCUGCACGCGGCGCGCAGCCACUGGAGUGGGACACUGAUCUGUGUCUUCCAGCCGGCGGAGGAACAGCUGGACGGCGCGCAGGCGAUGCUGGACGACGGGUUAUAUGACAAGAUCCCCAAGCCGGACGUGGUGCUCGCGCAACAUGUCAUACGCAUGCGCGCCGGGACGGUCCAUCUUCGCGCGGGUCCGCUGCUGACGGCCGCCGACGCCUUCGACGUACGUAUCUUCGGCCGCGGGGGCCACGGCUCCGCGCCACAAGCCACCAUCGAUCCGAUUAUGAUCGGUGCCGCUGUCGUCAUGCGGCUGCAGACUAUCGUCUCGCGCGAGGUCACGCCAGGCAAAAUGGCGGUGGUCUCGUGCGGCAGCAUCCACGCCGGCAAUGCGCCCAACGUCAUCCCCGGAUAUCUGGACCUGCAGCUGAGCGUGCGGAGCUAUGACCCGGACGUGCGCGAGCAUGUUUGCGCCGCUAUCCACCGCAUCAUCGAGGCCGAGUGCCAGGCCGCCGGCGCCGUCGAGAAGCCGCGCAUCACCCGCACCUAUUCGACCCCGUCCACGAUCAACGAUGCAAAGACAAUUGCUGCUCUCCGCGGCACCUUCCAGCCGUACUUCCAGGAUGAUCUUAUCGACAUGGAGCCGCCGGCUGCGAGCGAGGACUUCUCGCUACUGGCCACCGCUGUUGGCGCGCCCUAUGUCAUGUGGCUGUUUGGCGGCCUUGAUCAAAAUACCUGGGACGAAGCUGUCGCCGACGGUACCGUCGACCAAUUGCCCACCAAUCACUCUCCCUUCUUUGCGCCGGUGAUCGAGACCACGCUACGCACGGGCGUCGACGCCAUGGCGCUGGGAGCGAUGACGUUCCUUCAGUCGAGAUAA